CAUUGGGUAACACACUUCCGCAGUGACUGAAAUAAUUGACUUUUACUACAUAAUUUUUGUCAAUGGUUUUCUAAUUAUUAAUCAACGAUGGCUACGAGGGAAAGGACCCAAGGAGUUAAGGUUCAUUCUCUGGGUCUCCAUGAGGAGCUCGUGGCCGAUUUGAAACCAGAAACCCGUGUUAAAUCGUCGCCUGGUAGACGAGAAUCAAGGAGGAGGCUACCAGAAACCAAACGACCAUGGUCAACACCGGUUAGUCGUUCAAGCACAGCAUUAUCAGCCAACAGCAGCCGAUCAUCUUUGGACCAAAGUGCUAAGAUCCAGAAUUGGCUAUGCCAAAAGUCAAUACGAGGUGUACAGGAACGAGCGGAUCCCGAAUCAAAAGAAACCAAGAAGUUAUACAUGGCGGUGCUAGACAGAGAAAACACAUUUGUCAAGGAUGUCGAUAACUUUCUGACCGAGAAGUCGUUCCUCGAUCUGAGGAAGAAGGAGAUGUUGUAUAAGAAGUGGAACGAGCGAAUCUUCGCCCCUCUCCAAGAGCAGAUGUACAGAGAGAUGAAGGGUAACUACGCAGCGCUGGACAAGAGAAAGAGGGCGCUCUUCAUGGAAUAUCUACGCCACAGAAACAAGAAGGGUUUUGUCUCGCUGGACACCUUCGAUCCCAGAGAGUAUGACCCCCUGAAAUUGGUCGUCCCUAGACCCGCCCCCAUCGUAGCAGUGACAGACAUGCUGGACGACCCUCUAAUAUCACAACAGCGCAAUAGGAACGAGGAAGACCGAACUAUCAUCAGAUGUAGAACAGGGAGAACGUUGUCGGACUCUGCUGUGGAGGUCCAACGCUUGCCACCCCUUCCCCUUGUACCUCUCGGCCGACACGGGACUGAGUGUCGAACCUGGCUGGCCAUGCCACUUCAUGACAUCGAGAGUCCAGCUCGCUUGGGAAGCAGACGGCGCAUGAAAGGCGUCUUCAACGACUGCCACUUUGAUUUUGAGGAGUGGUCCAAGAUGUCCUUUGACCCGACCAUCGUCGAUGAAGAGAUGAAAUGCCAGAAAAAGAGAGUCUACACAAGCCAGCAACCCACCAUGGUAUCCACAUAAAGAACUUAUCCACACACAGCAGCGCAAUUCAGGAGGGUUUGUAGUCACAAAAUGUCAAAAUAAUUUGAAGCAAUUUCCGAACACCUACUACAUAAUUAAGUGGCCAGUCUUUCUCUUUUCAAAUAAGCACAGGCCAAAUUUCAUACAGCUAUUAAGCAGGAAAUGACACUUGAUUUCUUUACUAAGCAAAAACUAGUGGGGUACUGGUCCACCAAUGUAACUGAAUGUAUUUUGGGCUGUUUUAAAACCUGUUUCUUUUAAGCGGUACUUCUGUGCUAAGCAAGUUUUUGUGCUUACAGGUUUUCUGAAGUUGGGCCCUUGGCUUUAUGAAAUGUGCCUGCUCUUAUAAAUGGUCUAGUAAGACUUGCAGUGAUGCCUCAAAAUAAACUUUCUGUGAGUUGUGUUGGUUCUGGAAAGAACAUGUGGUUGAUCAACUUGAUGUAUUCUCUGAUGGUUUUGAGAAUGGGAAGACGAAAGGUCGAGUUGUUAAUAAUUAACCACCUCUUCUUUUCUGAACCAUUCCAACUUAGAGAGAGUUUAUUAUAGCAUGGUGUUACAGCACACCUUACGAGAGGUCGUUUCUCUACCAUGCUAAGUUUCAAAUCCUACUCAUAGACGUGUUACUGCAAAUCUUACUAUAGAUUGUAUCUCCACCAUGCACACAUUAAAAUCCUAUACUCGUAAAUGGUCUGACCUCAAACCUAACUAGAUUUCACAUGCAACAUUUCAAAUCCUACAAAUGAGUUUCAAGAUCAAAUUACACAGCAUUUUUCACUCAUAUUUUUUCAAAGAGAGCUUUCAAACACAAUUUUUUUUUGUAAUAAACGUAACUUUUUUACUUUAAAAAAUACAUUUUCAA